CUCUCUCUCUCUCUCUCCUGCAAUGGCCUUUUCAACUUUCAUCACUGUUUCUCUACUUCUAUGCUCUUUCAAUCUUGUCUAUGGAGGUUGGGAAAGUGGCCAUGCCACUUUUUACGGCGGCGGGGAUGCCUCAGGAACAAUGGGUGGUGCUUGCGGGUAUGGAAAUUUGUAUAGCCAAGGAUAUGGUACAAACACUGCAGCACUUAGUACUGCUCUAUUCAAUAAUGGUUUGAGUUGUGGGUCUUGUUAUGAGAUGAGAUGCAAUGACGACCCUAAAUGGUGUCUCCCUGGUUCCAUAAUUGUAACUGCUACCAAUUUCUGUCCACCUAACCCUGGUUUGUCUAACGAUAAUGGUGGGUGGUGCAACCCUCCCCUUCAACAUUUUGACCUGGCUGAGCCUGCUUUCCUACAAAUUGCACAAUAUCGAGCUGGAAUUGUACCUGUGUCAUUUCAAAGAGUGCCUUGUAUGAAGAAAGGAGGUGUAAGGUUUACUAUAAAUGGUCAUUCAUAUUUCAACUUGGUUUUGAUCACCAACGUUGGAGGUGCAGGGGAUGUCCACUCGGUAUCAAUCAAAGGAUCGAAAACCGGGUGGCAACCCAUGUCAAGGAACUGGGGGCAAAACUGGCAAAGCAACUCGUACCUUAAUGGACAAAGUCUUUCUUUUCAAGUCACAACAAGUGACGGAAAGACCACCACAAGCUAUAAUGCGGCACCAUCAAACUGGCAAUUUGGUCAGACAUUUCAAGGGGCUCAAUUUUAAUUUUUCUUUUUUAGUACGAAAGGGAAAAUGUUAGAAUUUGAAUUUUAUUAUUUAAAAAUUCAAAAUUACAAUCUAAAUUUUAAAGAAAUUUGUAUAUGGCUUUUAUUGAGUGAGAUUUGGGGUGGAGGACUAGGGGAUUGCUGAGGUGGCUAGUUUGCAACCCGCUUGAAUUUGUAUUAGAAAAAUAGUGUUAUUAUCGGUUUCUCCUUACGAAAGAGAAACUUGCCUUAUUUAGAUUAAAAGGCAUCAUAAUGUACUUGUCAUAAAGUUUGUAAUUUCAUGGUAUAAUUAUUAAAGUGCAAAAUUAGAAAUUCCUUUGCUACUA